AUGUUCACAUUUACUGACCCUGAUAACAGAACUACUGUGGUGGAAUUCAUUUUUGCCGGCCUAUCAGACAGCCAUCAGCUGAAAGUCUGUCUGUUUGUCCUUUUCUUGGUUAUUUAUAAUUUGACCCUGAUAGAAAAUGCAGCACUAAUAACAAUUAUCAGCUACGAUGCAAAUCUGUAUACACCUAUGUACAUAUUUCUGCGCCAGUUAUCGUUUAUUGAUAUCUGCUAUUCAUCUUCUGUUACAAUCAAGAUGCUAAUUGAUUUUUUAGCUAAGGAAAAGUCCAUCUCAAUAGCAGGAUGUGCCCUUCAGAUGUUGACAUAUGCUGGAUUUGGGGGAACUGAGUGCUUUCUUCUGGCUGCAAUGUCCUACGACAGAUAUGUGGCCAUCUGCCAUCCUUUGACUUAUAUGCAAAUAAUAAAUAAACGGGCACUCAGGAUCAUGAUUCUAUAUUCAUACCUUGGUGGAUUCAUAAAUGGCUUUCUUCAGACAGGGUUUUCAUUUUUCCACCUGGACUUCUGUGGUUCCCCACAGCACAUUCAUCAUUUCUACUGUGAUGUGAUUGCACUUAUUGAACUUUCUUGUGGUGACACAAAGCUUAAUGAAAUAAUCCUUUUUUCAUUUGUUGGUUUUAUUGAGCUCUCAUCUGUCUUUGUGAUCUUGGUCUCCUAUAUGUGUAUUAUUAUAGCUGUAGUCAAAAUCCGAUCGUCAACUGGGCGUAAGAAAGCAUUUUCAACUUGUGCUUCUCAUCUAACUGUUGUGUCUAUAUUUUAUGGGACCAUCAUUUUCAUGUACCUGAGACCAUCUUCUACCUAUUCUCCAGAUCAAGACAAGAUAAUAGCUGUCUUUUAUACAAUAAUUAUUCCAUUUCUCAACCCAAUCAUAUAUAGCCUUCGAAAUAAAGAGGUAAAGAAUUCAGCAAGAAAAGCACUACAUUUUGCUGUAACACACUGUUCAUUUUAG